AGUGUAGCUGUGAGAAAAAGAGUAGGAUUGACCCUUUCAAUUCCCCUCGCGUGUCAAUAAAAUACAAGUGACAGAGUUAGUAAGAUAAUUGUUGUGAACUAACUUUUUGACCCCAAUUCUUUGUUGGGGGUCAUGAAGAUCUUUUGUACCAUAAAUUACCAUCAUGAAUUCCUGGCCACGCAGACGCUUUCGCGUGACGCCGCUUCGAGUGUCAUGUGCUUUUCUGUUCGUCGGAGCACUCUUUUGGUAUAAUCUCGACAGAGAAGAAAUACCACCACCACCAUGUAGUAUGCCUGAAGAAUUCACCGAAAAAUUACAUGAAUUAGUAUUCAGGGUCCAUUUGGUAUUGGCAAAACUUGGCAUAGUUCAUUUUCUUUGUUUCGGAGCGCUUUGGGGUCAAGUUCGAAUAGAAAGUGCUUUACCUUGGGCCAGAAAAAUUGAACUCUGUCUAGUAGAUACAUUACGAGAUGACGGUCUAAUUACAAAAGCUUUUCGCGAAGCUGGGCUAAGUGCCUCGUACAUGUAUGCAUCAGGUGUAUAUCGAGUUCAAGAGCGUGAUGCUGAUGAUUAUUCACCAAGGGUUGAAAUAUUUGUCUUUGAAGAAGAUUCUGUGACUCAAAUGAUGAGAAGAGUUGGAUGGACAAGAAGAGUUUUACCACCAGAUUGUGAAUUAUCUCCAAGCCUACAAUGUUUUCCACCUCAAUUAGUAAUUCCACCCUUACCAGCGAAACAGUUUGGAGGUCGACUUCUUCCAGUUCCCCGGGAGGGUAUCGAAUUGCAAAAAUACCAUUAUCCAAAUGAUUGGUGGCUUGAAAUGAAACCAACCGACUGCAUCGAACUAAAUCAAGUUCCAACAUGAAAUAUAGUGCAGUAGAAACUUAAUAUAAACAUCAAUAUUUAAAUUCACGAUGGAAAGUACGCGUUUAUAAUAUUUCUGUGACAUUGAUAUUUAAUUUUAAUGAACUACUGCUUUCGUAAAAAAAUCCCCAAACAUACGAUAUUUAUUUGAAAGUCGUAAUAGAAAGCCAAUUCAGGAAUAGACUGCUAGUCAUUAAUAUAAUUGAAGUAAAUCUCAUUCCGAUAAAACUAUUGAAUUUUUAUGUCUUCUCAUAAAUAAUAACUGUUGUCUGAUCCAUCUUUACAUGUUUUUUAUCUAGUAAGACAUGUUACUCUUACGCUUUUGACACAAUCAUUUUCAACUAUUUUAAUAUACAAAUUAUCGAUAUAAUAAAUGUAAAAAAUGAAAGUUAUAGUUUCAAAAAAUUUACAAAGUUGGUCUUAAAUUAUUAUGACUCCAAUAAUUGUCAUACAUUAUCUGAUCAAUGAUUUUACGAGAUGGAGUUGGUAUUAAAUAUAGCUGAUGGCUAAGGCAAUAAAAAAAGAAAUACAUCAAACUAAGUUUCAUUGCUAGGUCUCGAUUGGUUUACUCUCUAAUUUGUAUUGUAAUCAUUGUACUUUAUUGCUUAUUAUGACUGUGUUAUUAACAAUAUUAAAUGUAAGAUAAGUAGUUUAGUUUGUAUUUGUUGUUAACAGUAGUGCUAAUGUUGAGCUCUUCCUUUAAGUAAUUAACUAUUAUUGACUAUUAGCACUUGGAAGUCAUUAUUUAUAAGAAUACUUUAUAUUUAUAAUCAAAUAUGAUAAAAAUCUUUUUGAUGCAAUUUUUAGUGCCUGCAGAUUGGGGAACUUUAUUGAGUAUUAUAAUUUUUUUAGUGCAUUUUUGAACUAUUCAUUUUUGCAAACUAAACAAAAAUAUUGUUAAACAAUUUUUUAAUUAAUGUAAUAGAUG